AUGGGCGGCUGCGUGGGGCGGCAGCGCCGGGAGCGGCCCGCCGCCGGGAACCCCCGCAAGCGAGCAGGCCGCAAUGAGCCCCUGAAGAAGGAGCGUCCCAAGUGGAAGAGCGACUACCCUAUGACAGAUGGGCAGCUGCGCAGCAAGCGGGAUGAGUUUUGGGACACAGCCCCUGCCUUUGAGGGCCGCAAGGAGAUCUGGGAUGCUCUGAAGGCAGCUGCCUAUGCCGUGGAGGCCAACGACCACAGCCUAGCGCAGGCCAUCCUGGAUGGAGCCAACAUCACCCUGCCUCAUGGGUCCCUCACAGAGUGCUACGAUGAGCUGGGCAACCGGUACCAACUGCCUGUCUACUGCCUGGCACCUCCUGUCAACUUGAUCCUGGAGCGAAGCGAGGAGACAGCUGCAGAGCCAGCAGAGUCCCUCCCAAACACCCGACGGGAGUUUGCUCUCAAGGUGCGGCUCUCCACCGGCAAGGACCUGCGGCUCAACGCCAGCAUGGGAGACACCAUCGGGCAGCUGAAGAAGCAGCUGCAGGCACAGGAGGGCAUUGACCUGGCCUGGCAGCGCUGGUUCUUCUCGGGCAAGCUGCUCACCGACCGUACACGGCUGCAAGAGACCAAGAUCCAGAAGGAUUUUGUUGUGCAAGUGAUUGUCAACCAGCCCUUGCCAUCCAGGAACUGAGAGGCUCCCAUGCUGGUUGCUGGGAGAGGGCAGGGGA